UUAAUUUGACAGCUUGACGUCUUUCUCCCACGUUUCCUCUCUUUUUCCCUAAACCCAAUCCCCAUUAAUUGUCACUCCAAUUCUCUCUUCCUCCAAAUCCCCCAAAAUCUCCCCUACAAUUCCACAAAUUAUCCCUCCAUCAAAAUCCUAAUUUUCUAGGGUUUUUCCGAUUCAACUUCAACACGACGCAAUUUCAAUUUCUAGGGUUUCGAAUUCAUCAAUUCUUCGAAGAUGGUGUUAGCACAAUUAGGGGGGAGCAUCUCUCGUGCUCUCCAGCAGAUGAGCAAUGCGACAAUCAUCGAUGAAAAAGUUUUGAAUGAAUGCCUCAAUGAGAUCACUCGCGCUCUUUUGCAGGCUGAUGUUCAAUUUAAGCUUGUUAGAGAUAUGACAACUAAUAUUAAGAAAAUUGUUAAUCUUGAUGAUCUUGCUGCUGGUCAUAAUAAGCGUCGAAUUAUUCAACAGGCUAUAUUUAAUGAGCUCUGUAAGAUGUUGGAUGCUGGGAAGCCAUCUUUUACUCUAAAGAAAGGGAAACCAAGCGUCAUUAUGUUUGUUGGUCUCCAAGGGUCUGGAAAGACAACUACAUGUACGAAGUAUGCGUAUUAUCAUCAGAAAAAGGGUUGGAAGCCAGCUCUGGUUUGUGCUGAUACUUUUAGAGCUGGUGCUUUUGAUCAGUUGAAGCAGAAUGCGACUAAGGCUAAGAUUCCCUUCUAUGGAAGUUACAUGGAAUCAGAUCCAGUAAAGAUUGCUGUUGAAGGUGUAGAAAGAUUCAAAAAGGAAUCCUGUGAUCUCAUUAUAGUUGAUACUAGUGGACGUCACAAACAAGAGGCUGCUCUUUUUGAAGAAAUGCGACAAGUUGCUGAGGCAACGAAACCAGACCUUGUCAUAUUUGUCAUGGAUAGUAGCAUCGGUCAAGCUGCAUUUGAUCAAGCGCAAGCUUUUAAGCAAAGUGUUGCAGUUGGGGCUGUGAUUAUUACUAAAAUGGAUGGUCAUGCAAAGGGAGGUGGUGCUCUUAGUGCUGUGGCGGCUACUAAGAGUCCUGUGAUAUUCAUUGGAACUGGAGAACACAUGGAUGAGUUUGAGGUAUUUGAUGUCAAGCCAUUUGUUAGCCGCCUUUUGGGUAUGGGUGACUGGUCAGGUUUCAUGGAUAAAAUCCAUGAAGUGGUACCCAUGGAUCAACAGCCUGAACUUCUGCAGAAGCUAUCUGAGGGGAAUUUUACUCUCAGAAUUAUGUAUGAGCAGUUUCAGAAUAUCCUGAAGAUGGGUCCUAUCAAUCAGGUUUUCUCAAUGCUUCCGGGAUUUAGUGCUGAGUUGAUGCCCAAAGGUCAAGAAAAGGAGAGCCAAGCAAAGAUCAAGCGUUAUAUGACCAUAAUGGAUUCAAUGACAGAUGAAGAAUUGGAUAGUUCAAACCCUAAGCUUAUGAAUGACUCGAGAAUCAUGCGGAUUGCUCGUGGAGCUGGCCGCCAGGUUAGAGAAGUUAUGGAUAUGUUGGAGGAAUACAAACGCCUUGCGAAGAUUUGGAGCAAGAUGAAGGGACUUAAGAUCCCUAAGAAGGGAGAAAUGAGUGCCUUGUCACGUAACAUGAAUGCACAACAUAUGAGCAAGGUUCUUCCCCCUCAGAUGUUGAAGCAGAUAGGAGGUAUGGGUGGUCUUCAGAACUUGAUGAAACAAAUGGGUAAUAUGGGUAAUAUGGGUUCUGCGAAAGAUAUGAUGGGUAUGUUUGGUGGUGGAGACAAGUAAUACAAUCUGUUGUUUGGGGCGCGUUGCUACUGACUCUUAUUAGUAUAUACUGGCAUGAGUUCUUUUUUUGGCUACAUCUUCGUGCCUGCCAAAGUACAGCAUGUGUUUUCAGCUAUUUCUUGCCAGAAUUGCGAACCAAGUAUGCUGGUAGCAUUCGAGACCAAAUUGGAGACAAGGUUGUUUGAUCUCUUGGUUCCAGAAAAGUACAGUGAUAGGUUUCUAUUUUUUGUUGUCUCUACCUUAAACUAACAGUCAUUUAGCCGUCUCAGGCUGUUACAUACUGUAGAAUUGUAAGCAGUUUAUGUUUGUAUUUAUUGUGAUUUUCUUACCAACUCCAUGAUAUUGAAUGGUAAUUUUAGCUCA